AUGUGUGUGAUGACUGAUGAUUGCGACGCUCUCUCCAGGGAUACUGGCGGCGGAGUGUUUACGGCACAAAUUGCAAAAAGUGCAAACUCCUCCUCUGUGUCACGCACCGGAUGGCUAAAUGGACCAUUCCUCACCAAUGGUAAAUGGAUCACCGAUGCAUCCGGUUUGGCUGUCACGUACGCUGGCGUGAAUUUGCCAGGCCAUGUAGAGACCAUGAUCCCAGAGGGUUUGCAAUACCAGUCGGUAUCCGAUGUCGUGUCCAUGGUGAAGAGCAUAGGCAUGAACUCUAUCCGCUUGACUUGCUCCAUUGAAAUGAUCGACCAGAUCGAGGAGAAUGGCGGUCGCGAUAUUGCCAUCAGUGCGGCUUUCGUCAACGCUUUGGGGCAGGAGAACGGAACAUCUGUUUUCGAGAAGAAAGCUGGAUGGUGUUGUACUCCUGUGGAUGGUAAUACUUGGUGGGGAGAUACCUACUUUCCAGUGGGAAAUUGGACCCGCGGACUUUCGUACAAGGCAGAUCACGGCAAACAAUGGUCCAACCUCAUGUCGAUGUCUUUGCGAAAUGAGCUCCGCCAGCCGAUCUUGGAUUCGCAGCUCUUCUCCGAGUCGUACAAUUGGCAAGACUGGUACAAGUACGUUAAAGAAGGGGUUUUGAUAUUCCUCUCCGGCCUAGAUUCAGACACAACACUCCAGCCGGUGGUGCAGAGAACCGCGCUCACCCCUGGGUCUUCAAGUUUCAACCGUGAGGAUUUUCCAGCCGACAAGUUGGUUCUGGAAUUGCAUAACUAUGCCAAUAUCUUGGGUUCGGAGGUCAAUAAUUGUGCCGUGCUCCAGCAAAAACGCUUCCAGGGUGGGUUUCAGGCCCUGCAAGAUGGCUCGCCCAAUAUUUUCCCUGUCGUGAUGACCGAAUACGGCUUUCAACAGGAUGCUACGACGUGGCAAGGCACUUUUGCUGCUUGUCUCCAGACCUUUCUAGCCGAUCUGCAGGCUGGAUGGACGAUAUGGGCUUUGCCGGGGAGCUAUUACAUUCGACGAGACGCCCAAGAUGCAAAUGAACCCUGGGGACUGCUCACGCAUGACUGGUCUGGUUGGAGAUCACCAGAACACAUCAACGGAAGUCUGGCAGAACUUCGGUGGGCAGAAUGA